AUGGCUACCUCCUCUUCCUCAACUACUCCCUCCCAAAAUACUGCUCAAUUCACCAAACUUACUGAAACCAAUUACCUCACAUGGCUUCGGCAAAUCAAACCAUACCUUCACGGUGCCAAACUUUGGGGAUAUGUUGAUGGCACCAUUCCUGAACCAUCUCUCACCACCAUGACUACUGCCACCGACACUGAACCAGCACAAUCCAUUCCUAAUCCUGCACAUGAAACAUGGUUCACCGUCGACCAACAAAUUAUCUCACCAAAGGCACUCAAUCUGUUGAUGAAUACCUCUGUCAUGCCAAUUGCUGAUGCUUUGGUCUCCAUUAACAAGCCUGUUCUUGACGAGGACUUGGUCAUCGCCACUCUUCAUGGUCUUGGCCCCGCUUACAUCAUGCUUCGCACUGCCCUCACUCAAAAUCCUCCACUCCUUGAUUUCACCGAACUACGGGCUCGAAUUCUCUCCUUUGAUGCCCAACAAUCUCGUCCUGCUGCUUCCCCUACGGCUACUGCUCUCUUCAAUCACAGUCAAGCCUUCUCUACCCGUCGUGACCAUCGCUCAUUUCCCACCGGUGGUCGUCCCAACAAUGGUCGCUUCAGACGUGGUCGUCACUCCCAGCAGCAAGCCACUCCACAGUCACAGGUUGCGUCUUCUUUUCCUAUGCAACAGCAACAUAUGCCUCCAUUUGGGCCGUUUACUUCACCUGCUUGGGUUGCUCGUCCCCCACCAAAUGGUCUUCUUGGCCCAGCACCCCAAUGGUGUCCCAAUUGUCACUCAGGUCAACAUGGUCUUUCUCAAUGCCCACAUAGAUUUUCCGGCCCAAAUACUGCUACUCCGUUUGCUGGAGUACAUUAUGCUGCUGAUCCAAAUUGGUACCCGGACACAGGUGCAACCCAUCACAUGACAUCCAUGCUCGUCAAUAAUCCUCAACCUUAUGGUGGACCGCAUAAUGUAUAUAUGGGUAAUGGGGACUCAAUGCCCGUUUCCCAUACUGGUAAUCUUCCCCUUUCAUUAGGCUCUUCCAACUUCACUUUACAAAAUGUCUUUCGUAUUCCAUCCAUUCGUAAAAAUCUCCUAUCUGUUGCUCGUUUCACUAAAGAAAACCUUGUUUUCUUUGUUUUUGCACCUGACUUCUAUCAAAUCUAUUGCUUACAUACUGGUCGUCUAUUGUUUCAGGGCCCUUGUGAAGAUGGUCUAUAUCCGCUCACUCUGUCCAGCGUCUCCACUCCUCCACAAGCCCUUGCUUCUAUUCACUCCUCCAUCUGGCACAAUCGUUUGGGUCAUCCGUCAUCAAAUGUCCUAGCACGUCUAGGUCCUACAAUCAAUUCCAAAUUGUCUUUCCGUUCUUUUUGUCGAGACUGUGCACUCAGCAAGUCUCACCAAUUACCUUUUAAUUCCAAUAAAGAGACUGCUAGUACUCCUUUUCACAUUAUUCAUAGUGAUGUUUGGUCCUCAUCUACUAUUUCUGUUAGUGGUUUUAAAUAUUAUGUUCUAUUUACUGAUGAAUUCUCACGCUACACUUGGAUUUACCACAUGCGUCGCAAAAAUGAAGUCCUAACUCAUUUUCAAACUUUAGUUGCCAUGAUUCAAAAUAUCUUUCACCAAACCAUUCAAUUUCUUCAAAGUGACAAUGGGACUGAAUAUGUCAAUAAUGCCUUUUCUCAUUAUUGUAAAUCCUUGGGAAUUCAACAAAGAUUUUCUUGCCCCUAUACACCACAACAAAAUGGCCUUGCGGAACGCAAGCAUCGCCAUAUUUCCACAAUGACUCGGAGUCUCCUUCUCACUUCUGGUGCUCCACAUAAUCUUUGGGUCGAAGCUGUUUUAACCUCUGUUUAUCUUAUUAAUCUUCUUCCCACACCCAUUCUUAAUUGGGACAAUCCACAUACUCGUCUUUAUGGUAGUCCGCCUUCCUAUUCCUCUCUUCGCGUUUUUGGUUGUUCUUGUUUUCCUCAUCUUGGGUCUUUUGUCUCUGAUAAACUUUCGAGUCGUAGCAUUGAGUGUGUCUUUCUCGGUUACAGUUCUCAACACAAAGGUUAUCGUUGUCUAGAUCCUACCACUGGUCGUGUUUAUAUCUCUAGGCAUGUUGUCUUUAACGAAACAAUUUUUCCUUACAAACAGUUGCAGGCACAUUUAGUUCCAGAUGCUGGCUCAUUGGAGUUCACACUUUUGUCCAGCCCAGGACUCAAUCUUCCACAGCCCACUCUUUUUGGCCCAAAUCCGCCUGCUGAGAAUGGCACCUCUACUUGUACUACCGUCAAAUCUCCUCAUGUAUCUCAACUAGAGCCACGUGAAGUAGGUAUUGAACUCCCAAUUCCAGCGCUGUCGGCUUCGUCUCAGUCUCAAGCUUCCACCGCCGCCCCCAUUCUCACCUAUCAGCGCUGCCCUGAUCCUCAACCCCUUCCUGCACCACCACCCUCUCUACCCAUGAGGACACGGCUACAGCACGGUAUUGUGCAACCCAAAAUUCGCACAGAUGGCACUGUCAAAUAUCCCAUUGCUCGUGCUCUCCUCAUUGUCAUUGAAACUGCAGAGCCUACAUGCUACACUCAAGCCUCUAAACAUGCGAUAUGGCGUGAAGCAAUGCACAAUUCAGAUGGCACUAUUGAACGUCACAAAGCGCGACUUGUGGCUAAAGGGUUUCAUCAACAACCAGGUAUAGACUACACCGAUACAUUUAGCCCUUUGAUUAAACCUGCAACUAUUCGUGUUGUGCUGUCUCUUGCUGUAUCUCUAGGUUGGUCACUUCGUCAAUUGGACGUCAAAAACGCAUUCCUCCAUGGCUUUCUUAAAGAAGAUGUGUAUAUGACUCAACCACCGAGAUUCAUUGACCCGUCACGGCCACCUUAUGUUUGCAAGCUCAACAAGGCCAUCUACGGCCUCAAGUAA